GUUUCUUCAUUACCUCCACUGGCCACACGGAAUCGUAAGAUAUAUUAAAUCUGAGCAAUUUAUUAUGAGGCGAUAACACUUUUUGAAUGAGUGUUUUGGUUGUAUGGCCAUAGGUUUGUAGGUUUCAAUGGGAGAACCCACUGCAGCAGUCCUCGGGGCUAAAAUACGACUUAAUUUGCAUAAUUUUCCUUGUCUCUGGUGACGCCGUGUUUAGGAGGAGUUCACUGUCGUUUGCAGGGUACUUCUGCAGCGAGCAACAUUUUUAAAAGGGACCCAGUUCAGAAUUAUUCAGUUGCUGUGAAACGUUGGUAUUUCUUGAAUUUUUAGUAAGACUGGCAUCGGAGUUAAUAUUGCUUUACUCUACACGACGAAAAUAUUUGGCUUUUGGAGUCGCAUCCAAUGAUUUUUUUUAACGUUUCACCUACUUCUUUGUUGCUCCGAUUAGCCCACAUUCUGCCUGUUACCGCUUGCGAAAGUUUCUGCUGGAUGGAACUGGAUUCUCUUCGUCGAUUUCGGCACUGAACAAGGAAAUUUUGUUGUGCUCUGUAUUUGUGUUCACAGGCUAAGGUCUGUCCAAGGAGGACAUUGGUGGAGACGUGUCACGUGACCGUGGGUGCCAAUGUUACACUACAAGGGUGUCAGCACCCUGUCAGUUUCCGAACUAAAUACUGGGAAGCAACGAGAUGCAAAAGGCGACCUUUUUUGACAGCGCAGCAAUAUACAGCAGCUAUCCGUAUCAGGGAGCAAAUGGUUUCGGUGAUCAUGCCAAUCAGCAGGUCUAUCCCCCCUCUCAAGUGGAAAAUGACCAGCACCACCCUGCCUACUCCCUGCAGUCCCCUGGCAGCUCAGCUCCACCUGCGGAGUCUGGGGAAAUCACUGUGAGCUGCAUGCAGACCAGUACCUCACAGCCAGGCCACACUCCGGACAUCCCCAGCUGCCUUCAACCCCUGACCCUGGACACUGUACCACCUCCACCAUCUGCUGUUCCCGUUUCACCCACUCAGACCCCACCAAGAAAUUCCUAUCAAUCCAAUGGCAAAAACCCAAUGCACAGCUUCCCUACUGAUGCCUCCAGCAAACAGAUCUUCCCAUGGAUGAAGGAGACGCGUCAGAACUCCAGGCAAAAAACUGACAGUUCCAGUUCAGCUGAAAGUGGUGUAGGAGACGGGAGCCCGCCAGGAUCCGCUGCCUCGAAGAGAGCCCGAACGGCUUAUACAAGUGCGCAGCUUGUGGAGCUGGAAAAGGAAUUUCAUUUCAACCGUUACCUUUGCCGGCCUCGGAGGGUUGAAAUGGCUAACCUGCUUAACCUCACCGAAAGACAAAUAAAAAUCUGGUUUCAGAACCGCAGGAUGAAAUACAAGAAGGAUAAAAAUGUGAAAGGAACAGCGUCAUCUCCCGGAUGCCAGUCCCCUCGAAGUCCAGUAACCCAGUGUUCGGCAGGAGGAUAUAUCGAUUCUAUGCAUUGUCUCGUAAAUCGUUUACAUUAUGAGCCACAUUCACCCCGAUCUCAGUCUUCAAACGGACUUCAACAAAAUGCAUAUAAUUUGGCAACGUCAUAUCCGGUGCAUGUGAGCCGCUCUCCACAUAACUGCCCGCCUCCACAAAAGGGAUGUGCGGUGGCAGGCGUGGUCACUCCAGACCAUCCCCAUCAAGCUAGUGGGGAAUAUGGGAGUCAUUUGCAGAGUAGCCAAUUUUGUGCCAGAGGAGGCUAUGCAGAUUCGAUGGCUAACUCUCGGUCUUCAAAUUUUGAUCUGACUCAUAUUACUCAUCACGCAUCCUCUAACACGGACUACAAUGGCGGGAGCGCAAUGGGAAGCUUCCACCACCAUGGACCGUGCGACCCACAAUCCACGUACUCAGAACUUACUUCGCAAUAUUCUCAGGAAAUAAUGCAGGAAGCUCCCAGGCUGACACAUCUGUAAUUCAUAUGUUUAGCUCUGAUGAAGUGUCCUCGCUUCGUCUAUUAUCUUACCUCUUCAAUGUCCUCACUUGAUUCCGCAUAGGAGACAUUGUUAUGUGCUAGUAAUGCACAUCUCUAAGGUGUUACAAGGGGCUACAGAUGAGUCUAUUUGUUAAACACUUUUUACUAUGGCCAAUCAGGGUAUAUAAACCAUUAUCUAUGAGAAUUUUAUCAUUUUUUAAAUCAUUUAUUUAUACUAGCUUAAUAACGACAUUUUUUGCACUUUUGGGGGAACUUAUCGAAGGCUGAUUGAGGUCUAAAUCAUUCCUUCAAAUGUUUGCAUUUGUUAUGCAGUCUAAAGUAGGCCUAUUUAUUUUGUUCCGAAAAACAAACAAAAAAGGUGUAUUCUUAAUGCGCAAAGUGUUAUGUACAACCUCUGCGAAAGAAGGCAGACUACACGCGGGUCUUUGUUCUCAUGCCCCUAAACACAAGACACAUACGGAACACAGAAGACAUUUACUCAAAAGAUGGUUUAUGUAAUUUAAUGAUGCAAACAUGAACAAUGCAACAAUUUCCAUUGAAUUUAUGUUUUCCUUUAUAAACCGACUUGAAAACAUCACAAAGUAUUAUGUCUAAAUAAACAACUAUGAAAGCAUAUCUCAAUUUA